CCGACGACGAGCAACCAGCCAGCCAGCCAGUCGUGGGGUCACCAGAUAAAUUAUGUCAAACCGAGUGGUGUUACGAACGUGAACUGUUAUCAGGAUCCGUCGUGAUCCGUAUACGAAAGUGUCGCGAGGUGCGCGCUCGUACACGACUCGCGUGUGAUAUCGCCGAUGCGGAACUUACGGCCUCGGUCGCCCGAGCGAGUUCUCGUUUAAAAAUUAGUGUUAAACUUUGAACGACCGUGCUCCGAGCGAACGUGCGCGUUCGCGUUCGUCGCAUCGUCUCCUCGUACAAAUGCACGAAUCCGUGACUGUUACUCGGACGAGAUCAUGCUGACCCGGCAACAUCAAUUGGAGCAGACGAUCGCACGAAAAUGGGGUUGAAACGACGGAGGAACAAAGCAGGGGCCCGAUGAACCGUUGAGCCUUGGCCGUGUAUGGAGGUGUGAAGAGAAAAAUGAUGACUGCCAUGGCCAGGUUGCCUUGCAAGCAGCAGACGUCGCCCUCGCAGCAACCGCGGGUCAAUAAUUUUUGUAACAACGGUCAGAACACGUAUUGGAACAUGCAGACCAGGCAUCCGGCGCCUCCGUACGUCAGGAAUCAUCAACGGCACACCGAUCACACCGGGAAGCGGAAGAGCGCGGUGGAGAUCCUCCAAGAGACGAAGGCGUUCUACGUGAAGAGCGAGACCGUGCUCGAUCGGAAGCAGGAGCUGAAGAACAGCGGUCAUCUUCAAGUUUCUCAGCUGAGCGCACCCAGCGCGCCACCCAGAUUGCUGAGGAAAUGCGGGAACACGUCGACCUGUUCGAUGCAACCGACGUCGCCGUCGCAGCUGGCACCUGGUCCGAUGACACCGCCCUGUUGCUGGGCGUCGUGCCACGAGCAGGACAGGCCGGACGGUAUCCUGAGCCCGCAACAAACACUGCCACCCGCACUGCCACCGAAGAGUCCGCGCUUGGUUCCUGUGCCGCAGCGGCGAGCGAUCUCGGGACCGCCGAGCAGUACCGGCGGCGAUCAGCUCCAAGCGAAAUUACGUCGCUUGCUAAACACCGACAGCAAGGAGAACGUAUUUUUUCCCGACAGCCUCUCGCAGACGGUCGUGCAGUCGAACGGUAUUCCGCAGGACGAGAAAUUCCGCUACUCGCCUGGAAGCCUGUCGCCCAACUUUCGCGACGACGAACGGCCAAAUCUUGACAACGAUCGUUUAAUCCCAAUUCUUCUGAUUCUUCAGCAUUGCUCGCAGGACGUCCGAUUCAAGUUCGGGCGUAGCAACUCGCACUCGCACACGUCCGGCAAGGCGAAUAGGAAGUCGACCAGCUCGCAGUCGGUGGAGAACACCGUCUGUCACAAAUCUCUGCCCGAUCUGCAUACCAGCACGAGGCGACGAGCGUCCCUCUCGCCACGUGCAUCGACCAAGUCGUCGAAGCCAUCCGGGCAUCGUCCAUCCUCGAGCAUUUGCCCGGAUUGUGAGACGAGCUCGGACUAUUCCGAGCACAGCUUCAAACGGGACGCGGUCUGUUAUCGCAGUUCCAGACACAUAAGACGAUCGUUGGGCUCUGGUGGCGGCGACGCCAGCAGCGUUCUGUCCGCCGGAGGUAGAACGCAUAAGUCGUCAGGUUCGAGCAAGUUGAGCCACGGUGCGACCGCUAGGGACUCCGGUGGAUCUUCCGGGCAUUGUACACCUCGUAGCGAACCACCGCCGGUGAUACAAGAUUGCUGGAGUCAUAUACGACGUGAUAGCGGCGCGUCUACUCAACACUCUACUGAAAAAGAUCGUUCGCGGCGAGGUAGUUACGCUAACGGUACCACGCCGUCUGUUGUCAGACGUUACAGCCCCGAUUCCGAGAGCAGUAACAGUCAGACGGAUUACAGUCCCACGUGCAACUCGAGGUUUUCCGACGGGUGGAAGGAGGGUCGCGGUCGCCCGAUUCUGAGAUCCAAAUCGGACAUCAGCGAUCGGUACUGGCGUCAGGACAACGGCAGAUCGAACAAAGUACCUGUGCGACCGCCGAGAUCGAUCACCCAGCUGGAAAAUUUCUUCGACUGUCUGGGCCUCGACUCGGACAAUUACCAGCGUAUCACGAAACCGGACUCCAAGUCGUCGUCCCCGGUAUUCUUCGACAGCGUGAGCUCGGUCGACUCGGCGCUGGGCCUUUACUCGUGGCCCGGUAACAACCAAACGAAUCAGGGCAGUCAAUGGCAGAACAAUGAUUGUAGCGUGGGGAUGGGCAACGACGAGACCAACCAAAGGGUCAGCGAUCCGCCGAGCAUCGUCGAGCGGAAUGCUCGGAUAAUUAAAUGGCUCUGCCAGUGUCGGAAAGUGCAGUUCGGGUAUAGUUAAGCAACGAGUUUCGGGGAAGAGAACGAGAGGACAAUCGAUUCUGGUCUCGUCGUCAGUGAGACGCUCCUUCUUGCCAGCGACGUUCGUUCGUUCUUCUUCUUGCUUUUAAAUCCCGUCUGGAUCAUCGCUUUAUUCCCGUUUCGUUGAGUUACUGUUUACCAGUUAUAAUUCUUCAUUGAAUCUUUACGAGCCUAUGUGCCAUCCGUAACUCGUUAUGCGUUCGUAUCGAGUCUUGUUUUUAUCGCCGUACGUCGAGAUUUGUAUAUAAGUUGUAGAGAUUAAAGGAUUUCGAUUGUUCUUCGUACGUGGACGAGUCGCACGUAGUUUCUUGCUUAUUUGAAUAGUCGUAUUACUUUUAUCCUCGUACGUUAGUUCUAUUAAAUUUACCAUGGGUAGAAUCAAUUAUUCUUCGGCUUAUUAACCGAGCGAGUUGUGUAUAAAAAUGAUGAAGUUUAUUCGAACGUUUUCCCUUGAAAUUAGGUCCCCCCCAUUAGUCGUUAGAAAAUUUGAUCGUUACUUUAUGUGUUAGGAGAGGUACGUAUAUUUCUGUUUUCAUACAUUAAUUUCCCAUGCCACACGUUUCGAACGAUGAUCGACGAGUGACUCGAUCUCGGAUGCUGAUUAAAAAAAAAACCACGGUUCGAUAUUUCUGGUUAAGUAGGAAUUGAAUUGUACGCGGUAUUAUAGUUGUAACAAAAAGGAGACGAGAUCUUAUCCUACAAUGCAGAAAGUACUCGCAAUGUUUUCGGUAGAAUCGUUCUAGUAGUGAGCAAUCCGAUCACCUGAAUGUUUUAGAUGGAUCUAGGCAAUUGCAUUAAUCUCUGUAUCGGCGACUGCAUUGUAGAAGUAAUAUUGGUACAAAACGGAAAGGUAUGUGAUUUUUACAGAAUUUUUCCUCCGUGAAAAACUUCGCUAACGGAAUUUCUAAUAAGGAAUUUAAUCGAAUUUUCAUGUUGACGUUUUUAUAUCUCGUAAGUCUUGUUGAAUGAAAUUUACGUUCGAUCGUUGCGAAUUAUUUCGAAUCUAAAUCGUUUGAAUCAGCCUGGCUCUCGUGUCUCAAGAGCCAUGGGGGAAUCAAGUACCGAAACAUUUCAUCGUAUCUUCAGUAUUUUAUGUAUCUACUUUGUGCCUAAAACAAUUGUUGAGAAAUCUUAUUUGAAGAAGCAAAGAGACAAACUAUUCUGAUCGUUUAAUAUAUGAAAUAUUUUCAAUAUUUUAUUAACGAGGUUUUCGAUUUCGCGGAUUUGAUAAGAUUUAAUAUCGUUUAAACAUUGAAGGAAAUCGAGAGUAUCACAUAUUUUAGACGGUUUCGAUUAAAAGGUAUUUUCCGAUCGCGAAAGCUUGUGUUCGAUGAGGAAAAGAACUGUCGUUCGUUUGUCGCUUAAACUUCUCCCGACACACUGUGCAAUAAUAUCGAUAAUUCACUUAGGGUGUCUGUUAUUUUAGACGAUCCGGCAAGCUAGUUCGUACCGUUUGAAAUAUAUUUCAACUACUGUGUGGCAAUCAAUUGAAUCUAUAUUAAUUACGAAUCUGAGUGUUUAUAACGAACGAGAAUUGUUGAAUUACGCGAUUCAAGUAUUAUAUUUUAACAUACCAAGUGAAGGACCCGUGGGAAAAGGAGAAAAAAGAAUCUGUGUAAUAUAAUACGACGAAGUUACUCGACUACUCUCAUUUCAAGUGAUAUAAAUGUUCUUAGAUAAGUAGUGAGUUCGCGUAGAACCGUAAGUGAAACGUGG